AUGUCUUUGAGGCAUCUCACUAUAUCGCGCUGGCUUUCCCAAGCUUCCGGUCUUGAGUGGCAUGUACUGCCAUCAAAAUUCACCAGCACAAACGCCCAGAUGUUCCAGCCACCAGCUUCCUUUAGCUCGUUCCGCCGCGCCUUUUCCCUUUCAGCCGAUAAAAACAGCUUUCUUUCUAGCCGAAUAAGACCUCGGUAUGAUAAUAUGCGGAGCUUCUCUCGUACGCAACAGGCUCCGGUUUUCCGUCGAUUCCUUAGCUCAUCCAGGUCAAAGAGCGCGUCGCAGUCAGGGCAAUCCAGUUCGCUCUCACAGCGGUUAAAGGCGCUUUCUCGGGAGUACGGCUGGUCGGCCUUGGGGGUGUAUUUGCUCUUGUCCGCGAUGGACUUCCCGUUCUGUUUUGCCGCCGUUCGCUUCCUUGGGGCGGAGAAAAUCGGUCAUUAUGAGCAUGUAGUCGUUGAGGCGUUUAAGGGUGCAGUCGGCACUGUGCUUCCCAGUAUUCAAGAGGAGCAGUUUAAGGAGGAGACAUAUCCUAGGACCGAUUCUUCAAAGGGUGAUGUGAACGGGAGUACAGUGGAGAAAAAGCUAGAUGAAGGGGCGAGUCUAUGGACACAGGUUGCUCUCGCCUAUGCAAUCCACAAGAGUCUCAUAUUCAUUCGUGUGCCUCUGACCGCUGCUAUAACUCCCAAAGUUGUCAAGGUCUUGCGCCAAUGGGGUUGGGAUAUUGUCAAAGGAAAACCGAAGGGUAUGUAA